AUGCAGGAGACCUUUCUAUGCAUCAACUGGGCACCAGGGCUGGAUAAUUGCAUCUCCAUAUCGGGCUCUGAUGGAACCAUACAGAUCUAUGACACAGAAUCCUGGGAUGGGAUGUGAAAGAAAGAGAUGCGCUGUUGUUUACUCACAGAGGCCACGCUGUCAUGGGGGUGUGCGAGGACGGACGCGUUGUCCCCGGGUUACCUGUCACACCUGGCACCCCUGGAAAGAAAGGACUCUCAUAUCGGCAGCAAAUGAUGGUUCUUUACAUAUGUGGGACUGGCUGGACAGCUGUACUGGACUCUGA